AUGAAUCAAGGAUACCAACUCGGAGUUGAUGUCGGUGGUACCUUCACCGACGUAUAUGUCCUUUCUCCUCACGGUCAAAGCGUCCGAGCCAAAGUUCCAACCACAAUCCCAGACCAAAGCAUUGGCAUCCAGAACGCCAUCAAGAAAGUGCGUGAAAUCCUCAAAGCCCAGUUCAACUGGAGUGGAAAGUUCCAGUUCAUCCACCACGGCACCACAACAGGCACCAAUGCUGUCCUAGAGGGCAAGGGCGCGCAUACCGCGCUCGUGGUCACAGCUGGCCACAAAGAUGUUCUGGCCCUGCGUCGCUCUCAGAUCCCAGGCGGUCUGGGUGCCUGGUUGCACUUUACUCCGCCAGAGCCUAUCGUCCCUCUGGAACGGGUAGUGCAAUGCAAAGAGCGAAUGUCAGUGCAUGGAGAGCCGGUUACAGCUGUGGAUAUUCAGGAUCUUCGGCAGAGCCUGCGAGUGUUAAGGAGACAAAAUCCCGAAGCUGUUGCCAUUUCCCUCUUGAAUUCGCACAGCAAUGACUCUCAUGAACGCGUGGUGGAAAAAGUAAUCCAUGAGGAGCUCGGCUCCAAUGUGGCCGUUAUCUGUUCUUUUGAUGUAUUGCCCGAGGUGGGCGAGUACGAACGCACGGUCACGACCUGUACGAAUGCGCUGGUCAAACCGGUGGUCCAGACAUAUCUGCGGAAUCUUGCUGAUAAGCUCGCGGUUGAAAGCGAUACUAUCCGUGUACUCAAGAGCGACGGUGGCUUAACCAGCUUAGCGCUAGCUGGAGAAUUACCCGUCACUAUUCUCAUGUCGGGUCCAGCUGGAGGCGUCACAGGAGUGGCAGACGUCGUGGCUCGAGGCACCCCAUAUAAGAACCUAAUCACUCUGGAUAUGGGUGGAACUUCGACAGACUGCGCUCUGAUUUAUAACGGUCAGCCUCGCCUGCGACGGGAAACCACCAUCGACAGUCUGACCGUUCGCUCUCCCGCCGUGGAUGUCCACACCGUCGGAGCUGGUGGAGGCUCGAUUGCGACAUAUAUGGAGCUCACAGAGACGUUGCGGGUGGGCCCUGAAAGUGCGGGCGCAUCGCCAGGACCUGCAUGCUAUGGAAAUAAUGGAGGUCAAGCAACGGUAACGGACGCAAACCUGGUUCUGGGGUAUUUACCCCAAACCUUGUUAGGAGGAGACUUUGUGUUGGAUGUUAAGGAGGCAAUUGCGGCCGUAGAGAACAUCGCGUCGCAAAUGAACCUCCCCGUCUCCCAGGUUGCAGAAGAUAUCAUCGCUCUCACGAACGAAACCAUUCACGGAGCACUCCGUCUCGUCUCUGUGGAGCAAGGGUACGACCCUCGAGAGUUUGCUCUGGUGGUUUUCGGCGGCGCUGGACCCAUGCAUGCGAACGCCGUUGGUCAACUACUGGGGGCUUGGCCGGUCAUUAUUCCCCCUUCACCGGGUAUUCUGUGCGCCCAGGGCGAUGUGACUACCAAAAUGACCCAUGAGAAAUCUGCUACUUUUAUUCGGUUGGUGUCGGAAACGACCGCGGCCGCAGUUCAAGACCAGUAUUGUGCGCUAGAGAAACAGGCCCGGGAAACCCUUGAGAGAUCCAUGAGUACAUUGUGGCCCGUUACUUGGAAGGCGCAGUAUCAGGCCGACCUCAGGUACAAGGGCCAGGCGUUGACAAUAACGGUCGACCUGGAGGCAGAUGAGCUAGCUCUCAGCACUCAGGAGUGGCAUAAUGUGCUACGAGAGAAGUUUGACCGCCAGCACCAGCAGCUUUUUACCUACUGCCUUCCAAAUUUUGAACUAGAGUUGAUACGGCUGGGAGUUAUAUUGAUCGAUGACUCACCUGUCGUUAAUAUUCCACAGAUUGGAAAAGCGUUGUCGGCUAAACCCCCACUAGCCGCAAAGAUUGGGGAACAGACCAUCAUCGUGCAAGGGCAGCAGCAAAAGGCUAUAGUGUGGGAUCGAUCAAAGAUCAGUCAGCAGGGUGUCCAGGUGACUGGGCCAUGCAUCAUUACAGAGAUGGACAGCAACACAUUGAUUCUGCCUGGUUACUAUGGAGAGAUAGAUAGCGUCGGGAAUAUUCUGAUCAACGUGUUAGACAAGUCCUCAGAUGCGACCAGUUAUACAGUCCAGUCUGCUAGUGACCUCGUCAGAACCACUCCCCUGAUCCCCACCUUGGUAUCCGCAGCCCUUGCCUCUAUCCGAGGCGAGAUGGAUAAGAUGAUGCUACGGUGCAGCAUGUCGCCAGCCAUUCGAGAGCAACAAGACGAAUUCAAUGUCAUUACGAACAGCAAAGGACAGAUGCUGGUUGGCCAGUUCGGCAGUUUCAUUACGCAGUUCCUCGAGGUGUGGAAAGGCACUAUUGAGGAAGGCGAUAUAUUUAUCACCAAUGAUACCUACCAGGUUCAGGGUGCUAUUAGCCAUCUGAAUGACGUUAUUGUUCUGUUGCCUAUCUUUUACAACCGUCGAAUCAUUGGCUGGGCUUCACAGUUCGGCCACCUAACGGACGUCGGUGGUAUGGUUCCUGGAAGCAUGUCUAUUAACGCCACCUCAGUGUUCGACGAUGGUGUUCAAAUUCCCUGCCUUAAGCUCUACAAUCGCGGAGUCAUGAACUCUGAUUUGGUGGAGCUUUUGUGUAGAAACUCUCGUCAGCCCGAUUGGUACCGCUCCGACCUUACGGCAAUCGUGGCGGCAUGUUCUAUGGCCGGCAGACGAGUCUGUGAGCUGGCUACCCGUUUUGGCUGUGAGGUUUACCUAGCUGCCUCUGAUGAGCUAUUGCACCGGAAUCGAACCGGACUGGCAAAGAUUAUCGAACGACAGUUUGACGAUAAAGAAAGCCAUUUCACGGACUUUGUUGACGAUGAUGGCCAUAACGUCGGACCUUGGGCUCUCUGUUGCUCUAUGAAAAAGGUAGACGGUCGGCUGCUGUUUGACUGGCACGGAACUUCCCCACAGAGCCGAUACAGUAUCAACUUUUAUCUCUCGGAGACUCUGUUUAAGAUGUUCAUCGGGUACUAUCUUAUUGCGGCUGCUGCGCCGGGUACCGUCAUCAAUGAUGGAUUCCACGACCUGAUCGACGUGCAUAUUCCUGAAGGCACAGUGCUUAAGCCUGUCCGGCCCGCGCCAAUCUCUUGCCGCACUCAUCUCUUGGGUCGGACGCUCGAUAUUAUCCAAGCCUUAAUCGGCCAAAAGAAUGAAGCGUACCAGGCUGCAGCCGGGUUCAGUGACUCACCUCACUUCUUUUAUUCCGGCUUUAAGCCUAACGGCGAGUGGUAUCAGCUUUAUCAAAUCGGAUUCGGGGGUGUUCCUGCCCGCCAGGCCGGUGACGGUCCUGAUUGCCACUGCCUUUUCCCCGCGAUCAAGUCCAUCCCCACAGAAAGCAUUGAGCUCAAUUACCCACUACGUAUUGAAGCUAAUGAAAGCGUCGCUGACAGUGGCGGUCCCGGAUUCUACCGUGGCGGAAACGCCCAACGCACGCAGUAUCGGUUUUUGUGCCGUGGUGAAUUCAGUCUCCACGAUGAUCGGUGGUUUACCAAACCAUGGGGUCUGAAGGGUGGAAAGCCAGGUCAGCGAUCUCGAAAGACCUUUUACCGGUACUCUCAGUCUGCAGAAAAUCCACCUAUUGAAAUUUUGCCCUCAAAAUGCGACCAUAUCAGCGUUGACGUCGGUGAUCUCCUCGAGUGGGUAACCUGGGGUGGAGGCGGGCUGGGUGAUCCGUUGACGCGACCUGCCGAGAAGGUUGCCCUCGAAGUUCAUCGCAAGCUUGUUACGAUGAAUGGAGCGCGCGACGGAUAUGGCGUUGUCGUCAACAGCGACUUUACAGUAGACUAUGCAUCAACUGAACAGCUGCGGGUCAGGAUGCAUAUGGAACGUGCCCAGUUGGGAGAACUUCCGAUUUACGAUCGCGGUGGAAGUAUUGAGGAGUUGCAGAAAACCUGCCUUGCAGAGACGGGACUUGCUCCCCCUUCGCCUCAAUGGGAAGUUGAAUUAUAUGGGCCUCAUGCAGGAAAGGAGUAUGUCAAGACAUGGUACGCCGGCAUGAAGCUUCAGAAGGGGUGGAAGAUCGACUAG